GCUUAUCGCGUCGCUUUGCCUGUCUGUUCUUCAAUCCGCACGCUUGUAUUCCGUUUAUCCAUUCAUCCCAUUUCUUACAAAGAGAUAAAUCGAAAUCCAAAACAUCCACAAAUACGAAUACAAAUCGAGCGUCUUAGAUAUUGUAUUGUAUUGUUCAACCAAUCAAUUAUUACACACCUUUCCAGUCCAAUUCAACCCACUUCCAUUCAACCCAAUCCAAUUCAAUCCAAUCCAAUCCAUAUAUACAACACAACACAACACAACACAACCCAAUAAACCAACCCUCAAAAUGCCACCCAAACGUAAACUCAGCACCUUCGACCCACCCAGCGACACAAGCCUCACCCUCUUCCUCAAACACACCGUCCACACCAUUCUCCUCCUCGUCCCCCCCACCCAAACGUUUCCCCAAAUCCUCACUCUCCUCCUCUCCACUCUGCAAGAACGCUAUCCCGACGGACUCUCUCCUCUUCCUUCUCCUGGAAACCCAGCUGGAAAAUCCACAACCACUCUCUCCUCCACAACCACCACUCUCACAGAGCGCAAAAUUCCCCUGCCGGAUUCGGUCAAAAAUAUUGCGCUGGCGGUCCCGGUCGAUGUACAUGAUCUGAAAGCAGGAUGGACGGAAUUGGAAGUGGGAUUAGGGGAUACGCCAGAGAGUGUGGGAGUGAAGGAGGGAGGGGUAUUAGCGUUUAGAUUUUUGGGCGAGGAGGACGAGGACGAGGGAGAAUUUGAAGUUGCGUGGCCGAGUUAUGAGAUUUAUGAUGAGGGGGAUGAAGAGGAGGAUGAUGAGGCCGAGGAGAGGACUUUGGCGGGGGGAGAGGAGGAGGAUCUUUGAUGGGAGGGGAGGGGAGGAAUUCAAGAUGAUGGGCGAGAUAUGGAAAUGGUUGGUAGGGAAAAUAAGAUGGGGUGAUGAAAUCUGGAGGCAGAUUCUCACGAAGAUGAAUAGUAUGGUGUAUACUGGAAAACAAUCAUGUUGGCGUUACAGGUAUGGAAUGGGAUGGAAUGGAAUGAUUGUUUAUUCAAUUAUAAACCACAUGAGUAUGAGGAAAUGACUGAGAUUAUGACUAUGAAUAAUAUGCAUUAUGUCAAUAUGGAAAAAUGCAUGCAUGGUUAACAUCUUAUUUAAUUCUUGAUCGCUCGCUUACAUGAAAUGAGAUAAUAGCAUGGCAUAGCUGUUGAGAUUCAAAUUGUA